GAUUAUAGCGCCAUCUGUUAUGAAAUCACGUUGUUCACAAGAUCGAACUACAAAUGUUGAAACAAGUUCUUGUUCCACGCAAGUUUUGCCGUGUAUAUUUUGAAAACCCAUUUUCUAUUUUACAGAUAUCGCUUUUAAAAAAUACUUACGGUACCUCAUCAGAAAACGAAGCCAUAGGAAAUGCUGGAUCGUAUAAAGCGAAAAAGAUUAGUCAAGCCAUGAAGUUAUACCUAGAAAAUGCCAAAGCUCAUGACGAGUUUCUUGCGAAAGAAGAAAAGCAAUUUGAAAUUGGAAAAAGGCAUCUGGCUAGAAUAAUGGAUUUGGAUCCCGACAAUAUAAGUCAAGAUGAAAUAGAUAGAGCAAUCGAGUAUUUAUUUCCGUCGGGUCUCCUUAAUCCAAAAGCCAGACCUAAACUAAAACCACCAUCAGAAGUUAUACCAAAGAGAAAGGCUGCCCAGUUUGAUAUGGAUGGCAGACCGUUUCAUAAUUUCUUCUAUACGCGACAACCAAAUUAUUUCGAGUUAUUACACGAAAUUGUUGAAAAAAUGGAAUUUUUGAAAUGUUUUGAAGAUGAAAUUAUUAAGUCCAAAAAAACAGUCUCUCCUGAUAAAUUUCUUAAUUUGUCUGCCACUGAAUGGUUAAGCUAUAGAGAAUUUGAAGCACUUUUAACUGAAACCAUUGAUGAAUUUAAGUACGCAAGACUCAUUCGUCUGCUUGAUCGGCUUUCUAAGCAAACACAUGCGUAUGCUGUUAAGGAUUUUAUUUUGAAAUAUCGAAAACCUCUCAAAAGCCAAAGCCUUUUUUUAGAACCGAGUAUUUUACAAAAAGAUGAAUCGGGUAGAACGUUUGCUCAGGCGUCUGGCAGUAGGAAAACUGCUAUGGCAGAAGUAAAACUAUGGACAGAAGGAAGUGGAGAAAUUACAAUAAAUAAUCAAGAUCUACUUACUUAUUUUCCAAGAUUGGACGAUCGAGAACAGUUAAUUUUUCCAUUACUAGUAUCUGGUUUCUUAGGAAAAGUAGAUAUAAAAGCUGAAGUUUAUCACGGUGGACCUAGUGGUCAGGCAGGAGCCAUAAGAUUAGCUAUAUCGUCAGCAUUGCAAAGUUUUGUUGAAAAAGAAACAAUUGAGAAAAUGAGGAUAUCCGGUUUACUUACGAUAGAUCCUAGAGUAAAAGAAAGAAAGAAGCCAGGAAAAUGGGGUGCUAGGAGAAGUUUCACAUGCAUGAGUCUUCCAAGAGAAUUGCCGAAAAGUGCAAAGAAGAAGGUCAAAAGAGUGUUUGCCAAUAGGUAUCAUGCAGAAAGGAAAUUGGGUAAAGGAUCUUUCGGGACUGUCUGGUUAGUAACUGACGCAAAAUGCAAGAUUCCAGACGAAAAAUUAAAAGUAUUAAAAGAAAUUUCGUGCCCGGACAUGGAUAAUGAUGAAACGUUUGACGUUGAUCGAGAGGCUACUCUGCUAAGAAACUUAAAUCACCCAGGAAUUGUUAGAUUUCAUGAUUCUUUUUUGGAUAGUGAUUGCUAUUGUAUUGUUACUGAGUACUGUGAAGGUGGUGACUUGGACCAAAAGAUAAAAGAGUAUAAAAAAGAAGGAAAAAAGUUUCCAGAGCCCAUAGUAGUAGAAUAUCUAAUUCAAUUGCUAUUAGCCGUUCAGUAUAUGCAUGGUAGAGGUGUUAUGCACCGAGAUCUGAAAACUAGGAACAUUUUUAUUAAAAAAGGAAAGUUGAAAGUUGGAGAUUUUGGUAUUUCAAGAAUUUUAAUAGGAACAAGCGAUAUGGCUUCAACUUUUACCGGAACCCCCUACUAUAUGAGCCCCGAAGUACUUAAACAUCAAGGCUACAAUGCUAAAAGCGAUAUCUGGUCGAUUGGUUGCAUACUAUAUGAAUUAAUUCAUUUAAAACACGCGUUUGAUGGAGAAAGCAUGAUGGGAGUAAUGUAUAAAAUUGUUGAGGGUGAUACUCCCGAUUGGUCUUCAAAUUACUCCACAGAUUUGCGAUCAGUGUUCGAAUUGAUACUCAAAAAAAAUCCAAGCGAACGUCCGUCGUCUAAAGAAUUGUUGAAGCUACCAUUUAUAACGAAGCAAAUGGAAAAGAUAAAAGAUACUAUCGUAGAAGCGUCAAAAGAAAAAAAAUCAUCUCACAUUAUAUUUGAGGAACAGAAAGAAAUAGCCAAAGCAUUUAAACAAAAGAAAAAAUACGGAGAAGUUGUUAUUGAGUCUGAAGAUAAAAAGAUGAGGAAUCUCAACAACAAAGAUCGCUUACGUUUAAAAAAAAUGCAGAGAGCAGACGCUGAAGCGGAGAGGAUACGUAAUGCUCAAAUCCAACAAUUAAAGGAUAACAAAGCACAAUAUGAAAAAGUUCGCGAGAGUCAGAAUCCCUAUUAUAGUAACAUAAAUCUUUUUAAGGAGCAAUCGGAACGUAAACCAGUUGAAUAUAUCCGUGCGAAAACUGCGUCAUAUUCUUAUAAUGUACCUACAAGAGAUUCUGACGAUUCCGAUAGCUCUGAUGAGGACACUCUUCAAAGGGCUCCUCCAGUGUUUUUGACCGAACCUAUUCUGAGAUCUCAAGCAGAUGAUAGACCUAUUACACCUAUGAAAGAUAGGACAGUCUAUAACAAAGAAGUAUCAUCUUUAGAUUUCAAGGAUGGAAAGCCAGAUGAUGCAGAAAUGGCGAAUACGUAUUACUCGCAAUACGAGGAAUUCGAAAGCGACUCAGAUGAUGAAAAUGAAGGAACUUUACUUCAAACUGUUCAACCAUUGUCUGGAGCUGACGAAGAUUUAAUCAACGUCUUGGAGGAUGCUUUAUGUAAUGAUACAGUCAGUACUAUAACUUUGGCUGAUGAUGCAACAGGAGCAUAUGGGCCAAUAGCAAGAAAUCAGAGAAUAAUCAGUCUACGAACAGAAUGUAUAAAAAAAUUAUCGGAGUCUGUUUUCAAUAGAGUUUAUGCUUAUUUGAAAGAAGCUAGAGGAUACGGAAAAGAAGUGAAAACAACAGACGAAAAGAUAAUAAUGGAUAACCUAUCCCGUCUCUCUCCUAAUAAAACGCGCGAUUGUUUUCUUGUUGAUCAACUAUUGUUUCUCGAAGCGCAAGCUAAUCUACCGCAAUGA